UUUUGAUUUGUGCUGUUGAGGAUAUACUCUCUUUAAUGAUUCAGCUUUUAUCUUGAAUUUAUUGAUGCUUUCAGAAGAAAAUGUUGAGCGUGACGCAGUGCAAAAGGCCGUCAUGUCAUUAUUGAGGCAGGAUGUAAAAGCUUCUCUAACAGCCCUAUUCAAGCAUAUCAGCACCAAUGAACCAAGCCUGGAUGAAAAUAUUCGUGAGAGGGUUCUAAGCUAUAUUAGAGAUAAGGUUUUUCCUUUAAACACUGAGCUCUUGAAACCUCAGGAGCAAAUGGAAAGGCAUAUCACUGAUUUGAUAAAACAAAGUUUAGAAGAUGUAACAGGAGCAGAAUUUAAAAUGUUUGUGGAUUUUUUAAAAAAAUUGAGCAUAUUUGGCAAGAAAGCCCCUCCAGAGCAUGUGCAAAAACUUAUUGAAAUUAUUGAAGGACAAGCUGAUCUUGAUGCACAAUUCAAUGUUUCUGAUGGGACCAUAUUGAUAGACUUAUAUCAUGCCUGUACAUGGCUCUUCCUUUUUUCAUGCGAGGUGCAUCCAAUAGUAAGUUUCUCAACUAUUUGAACAAGCACAAUAUACCUGUUUUUGAUAAG